UCUAAUUCAUGCUCGUAUCCUGCUCCCGAGGCACCGGUGAUUUUGACACCGCCAACACAAGCUGAACGCCGCGGAGAAGAUGCUGAUAGACGUGCUCCACAUGACUCGUUUCUUUGCCAUACCCCGCCCCCAGAUACUUGGAUAGCCGUGGAGACUUCGCCGUCGGAGUAUCGGUUAGUCGUGCGACUCCCUGGCUUCAGACGGGAUGGCAUUACGAUCGCUACCCGCAGGCGCCGCAUACUUCACGUCGUCGCUGAUUCAUGGGAGCCUGAAGGCGGGCACUUCGAACGUCGAGUGUUAUUCGGAUAUGACGCUGAUCUGGCGCAAGUGCGCGCUGAAUUUGACGGACAAAUCCUUCGUAUCAUCAUUCCUCGGCGUGUUCCGGCAGUUUCUUGG